CGGCGGUGGAUCCCGAGCCUGGUCCGGCCCGGCCUUCCCAGCGCGCUCGGCCCGGCCCGCGCAGGCGGCGAGUCCCCCGAGCCCCGGGCCCGGACCCCUCGCGCCGGUCCCUGCCCCGCGCGGCCUCGGAGCGCGCGCGGCCCCGCCCCGUCCCAGCCUCGGCCCGCCGGGCCCGCAGUGUGAGAGCGCCUGCUCGCUGUGCCCCCGGGUUAUGACGACCCCCAAUAAAGGAAACAAGGCCUUGAAGGUGAAGCGGGAGCCGGGUGAGAAUGGCACCAGCCUGACGGAUGAGGAGCUGGUGACCAUGUCGGUGCGGGAGCUGAACCAGCACCUGCGUGGCCUGUCCAAGGAGGAGAUCGUCCAGCUGAAGCAGCGCCGGCGCACGCUCAAGAACCGCGGCUACGCUGCCAGCUGCCGCGUGAAGCGGGUGACGCAGAAGGAGGAGCUGGAGAAGCAGAAGGCGGAGCUGCAGCAGGAGGUGGAGAAGCUGGCCUCAGAGAACGCCAGCAUGAAGCUGGAGCUCGACGCACUGCGCUCCAAGUACGAGGCGCUGCAAACCUUCGCCCGGACGGUGGCCCGCAGCCCCGUGGCGCCCGCCCGGGGCCCCCUUGCCGCCGGCCUGGGGCCCCUCGUCCCAGGCAAGGUGGCCGCCACCAGCGUCAUCACAAUAGUAAAGUCCAAGACGGAUGCCCGAUCGUAGGGACGCGCGUCUACCCAGGCGGGUCUUUGCGGGGCCACUAGGCACAUGGCGAAUUCGGCUGCCCUGUCCCUCUGUUUCCUUCUCUUCUCUUUCCUCCCUCUCUUCCCCGCCCUUCUCUCUUCCCUGCAAAGCACAACCUGUACCCCAGGGGCGCCGGGCUGAGCCCCUUUGAUCUCGUCAUUGUCGUCGUGUGUUUUGUAUGUUGGGAUUGGUCAGUUCGGCGGUGACGUGGGGUCGCGCCAACCCCUUUUGUACCAGGGCCAUGCAGUCUUGGAGUCCAGAGUUGGUGCUGUGGGAAUGGACUUGAGAGAGUUGCGGGAGAGAGAAGGAGAAGGCACGCUGGGCCUCACAUGUCCCCGAGCAGUGAGGGUUCCAGUGUGCCCUCCACUCCCGAGUGGCCACAGGCUUGUGGGCUGGGAAGGAUUCACUCUCUUUAGCCCCAGGAGGGCAGCUCAGCUUAGCCCAGCACAAAGAGAUGGGCUCUGCUCUGAGAGUAGGGCUGCCUUGAAGGCCCUGAUGGGUGGACCACCAGCCUGGGCACAGUGGUGCUGGGGGCGUGCAGUUGGGGCCAAGGGCUGUGCGCUCAGGCCUGACCCGUUGCACUGAACAAGACCAAAUCGCUGGCUGUGCACUUACGUGAGGGUGAGUCCAGUGUGCCCUGCGAUGGGUCCCGUGUCACUGUUUACAUGACCUAUUUGUGUGGUUAUAUAGCCCUUUAUUUAAAAGAGAGAAGUUCCUUUUACAAAGUUAUUAAAUUAAUUAUAUGUUUAAAAAUUAAAGAAAAAAAGAGCUGCAGAGUAUUUAUAAAACUGUCUUUUAGAAAAAAAAAAAACAAGCAAGAAGACCAUUUGACCAUAUAAAUGGAAAAGGGAAGAAAGUAUAAUAGAAACUUUGCUAGUUAAAAAAAAAAGAAAAAAAAAAAAUCCCUUUCUUGUAAACUUACGGACAACUCUUUGUGGCUGUUGGAGUUUAGUUUUUAUAUACACAGAGUUAUCAGACAUUAUUUAUAAAACUUAGUUUAAAAAAAGACAAAAAAAAAAAGCCAAGCCGUGAGCCGACCAGAAGGCCGUCCUCUUUGAUAUCUUUUGCAAUUGUACCGAAAGUGACUUACUCCUCUGCCCUUCCUGCUUCCGUCUCUUGCCGGUGCCGUGGUGUCGUCCGUGCCUGGUGAGGUUUUGUGCAGCGGUAAAGUGCUGGUGCUUCUGGUGACCUUCGACCUGUGGGUGUCACUUCUUGUGUCAGUUUUCCUGUGUUCGUUUUUUGGGUUUCGUUGUGCUUUUGCUUCUGCUGGCUUGCCGGACCUGGGCUGGGGUGCCAGGUGGCACCUGCUGCGUCAGAGCUCAACGAGUCUGUGCCCUCCACCUGCUCCUGGUCCCUAGGAGGUGAGACGUGGGGUUCUGUCACACUCCCCCCCGACUGAGCCUUGGCUACAUCUGUGUCUAGGGCUUGGGCUGAUCUGGUGGCCGGGUAGCUGAAACUGGGGGCCCCUUGGGGCCCCCCCACACUGCUCUACACCCACCACCUCUGGCCUUGGGUGGUGGUGGUGCAGGGACCAAGGAGUCACUGUGGGUGGCCACAGGGCUGUGGCCAAGCGUUCCCUGGCUGUCUUCCUCAGGCCUCAGUUUUGUUCCGAUAGGCUUCAUGUAGGGCCUCAGCCGGGGAACCCCUGGGGCCCGCACCGUGGGCUGCAGGUUUCGCCGCCUACUUGAUCCCUGAGGUCUUUCCAUGCUGCGGGUGGUGCUUCCAGGCAGAGUGGUUGGGGGCCCACCGGGCAACCCUUUCUUCCUUGUCCCUGCCUCACUCAGAGUCUUGGGAGCGUCCACCAGUGCAGACAAGGGCUACAGUCUCCAGGGCCGGUCUUGUCCCUCUUCUCCGCUGGUCCACGCUGGCAGCUCUUGGCUUUGGGCCUGCCUUCUGCCUCCCUUUGGGAUCUGUCUUCCAGGGAUCAGCUGCUUGGCUUCUGCUGGAGGUGCCUCCCUCUGGGGGCCCAACCUGCCUCCUGCUCCCAGUUCCUCACCAGAGGCUGCUGCCCUUCCUGGCUGGGCUCAGGAGGCUCCUUAUAGGCAUAUGACGGGGAAGGGUUGCCCCCACCCACCUCCAAGAGGCUGCAGCCCCGUGUCUGGCCAUGUGAGCCUUGGCCUUUCACCAGGGCUGCUGGUUUCUUCUCUGUGGGGCCCAGACUGCUGUAAAGCACACAAAUGGGGGCUGGUAAGAUGAAAAACUGGCCUGGCGGGGCUUAACCCUGUGGGUGGUGGGAUUUUGAUCUAAGAGUUUGGCCUGGUGUGCCCAUGAGAUGGGAACAGGGAUGUACCAUCAACCCUUGUCAUCUUCAUGAGCUUUUCUUUGCUUUGAGCAUUCAGAGACAAGUCCUGUUGCUACCUGGGUCAGCCUGAAAAUGGAAAUUCUGGCUGUUGAUUCAUGUCAUUUAGUGACUUCAUCCCCCUCCCCUCAGUCUGAUCUUGUCUAAGUAGAAUCCAGGCGUUAGUUGGAAUCAUAAGUAUCCAUAAAGAAAACGUCAUGCUCUGCCUUGGAGCAGGGAUAAACAGGCGCUCCCUGUCCUUGUGCGGCCCCCACUUUUGUCCUGGCUGCGGGUGGCCCUCCAUUUUGAGCACCUCUGCCAGGCUGCAGACCUGGAGGCAAAGGGAGUGCGGAAGAGGAGGGUGUAAGGGUCGGCGCGUGUGAAUGGGAGGUGCAGGUGCUGAGUGGGAGGUGCAGGUGCUGAAUGGGAGGUGCAGGUGCUGAGUGGGAGGUGCAGGUCCUCGGUGCGUUGGCAGAAGAGGCUUCUGGAGUUUCGAGGCCAUACCUCCUUUCAAGAGCUUUGGAUUUGGAGCGACUUCCCUGGGUCUAGGGGAGUGUUCCUGUCCCCUGUCAGGCCACCCCUGUGGAGCCACUCUGCCCCUCUUCCCCUUCCCCUGGAUUUCCUGACGUAGAUGCUGUGUUCAUGUGCAGAUGUGAAUGUGCUGUCCUUCUGAUCUCUGUUAAUCCCGCUUUCCUACUGAGAGGGUGGUGGUCUCUUCUCACCUCAGUUUUUCUGACACAGCGAAUCGAGGGCUUUGGCCAAGGCCAGGUCUCUCAAACUUGUCCGCCAAGUAAACCGUGAUAUAUGUCUUCCCUUCCACCUUGACUUUGCCCCAACUCCUCCUUUAUCCUAACAUGGACACUCAGAUUUCAGAGGACUACCCAGCAGGGACAAGUCACCUCUCACCUGGAGAGUGAGGCCCCUGGCUGCUGCUCUGGGUGGCGCUGGUGUUGCUGGGGCUUCAGCUCUUGGUGCACGUUUCAGAUAAGCAUGCACACUUCUGACCGGUGGUCAGGGCCCGGCCCACGGCUCUGAGCGGCUGCAGCCUGCUUUGGGACGAUGGUCAGGUCCCAUGUUGUCCCUGCUGCCUCCCUCUGGAGUGGCCACUUGGCCAAAGCUCCCAUCCACAUCUGGAAAGUCUGAGCUGCGGCCUGCUGCACCGUUUCCGCUCUGGGAUCUUGUGAGUUACUUUUUUAGGCUGUGGUUUGGUGAAAGGAACCAACACAUUAACGAUUUUUCCCCCCAGAAGCCACUGAAUAAUUCUUUUUGGUGUAUUUUUGCCUUCCUGUUGGCUGUCUGGCCUUGGAGCAGGUCGGGAGAGUGAAGUACAUAAUCAGUGCCACACAGAGGCAGGGCAUGUCUGAGACUGAUGCCUGUCCUGCCUCUGGCCUGUGUCCUGGGUGUGUGCCGUACCUGCUGGGCCAGUCCCACACAUUUCCACCCUGCCCCUGGAGCAGCAGCUUUGAUACCAUGGGUGUCCCUUGAGUCUGAGCUAGAGUGUGUCCCUGAUAAACUGUGAGACCUCCCUGUUCUUGGUGACCCCAGUUGGGCUUUGACCCCUCCAGCAACCUUGUGUCCCAUCCCUGCCCUUCCUCCCACCCCCUCAAUCUGCUAGUCCCUGAAGCCUUUAACCAAACGGGAGUGGGCACAGAAAGCCUUCUCCUGGCAACAGGACAAGGGCUGCCCGCGUGUCCAGCCCUGUUGCUCUCCUGGCACUGAGAGGUGGAUCCAAGCAGAGUUGAUCAGUCCCCCUGCCAGCCCUGCCUAGGUCUAGCCAGGGGAGGUUGUGUGUGUGUGGGAGAAGACCCCGGGAUGUGCUGGGGUGGGAUGGAGGUUAUUAAAGAUCUAAGUGAGGAGGGGCUGGGGUUUGGAUGCGGGGUGAGGCCCGAGCGCUCACACUUCGUGUAGGGCUGGCAGGGGCCUGACCUCGGGCAGGGCAGUGGCCUUGGUGCCCCACCCCUGCCCUGCGCAGUAUUUAUUGCUAAAUUAUUGUCCAGGAGGGGCAGCACUGGGCCUGGCCCCCCGGGUAUUUAUUGCUGUACAUAGUGUAUGUUUGUGAUAUAUAAGGUUUUCUUUAUUUUGUAUAUGAUCAAUAAACCUUUUAAAGAGA